CUCAUAAUCCAGUGACCAUUUCGGUAAUUAAUGAUCCUCGAAUGAAUAACCCAUAUGAAACCAGUCCAGUUGUGGCCAAAACCGAUCAAAUAGUGGGGGUGGAAUAAUGAGAAUAGUAGGAUUGACGGGAGGAAUCUCGUCCGGGAAGAGCACCGUCUCCAAUCUUUUCAAGUCCCAUGGUAUUCCGGUCGUCGACGCCGACGUCGUUGCUCGGGAUGUUCUGAAGAAGGGAACAGGAGGCUAUAGAAGAGUUGUUGGUGCAUUUGGGGAAGAUAUUUUGCUACCCAAUGGAGAAGUUGAUAGGGCUAAGCUUGGCCAGAUUGUUUUCUCCGACCCUGGAAAGCGCCAGCUUCUUAACAGGUUAUUGGCUCCCUACAUAUCCUCUGGGAUCUUUUAUGAAGUUCUGAAGCUAUGGCUAAAAGGUAACAAGGUCAUUGUUCUCGAUGUUCCUCUUUUAUUUGAGGCCAAGAUGGAUAGGUGGACAAAGCCGACUGUUGUUGUAUGGGUGGAUCCAGAGACACAGUUACAGCGGCUUAUGGCGAGAGAUGGCAGUAAUGAGGAGGAUGCUCGAAAUCGGAUAAAUGCUCAAAUGUCCCUUGAUCAGAAACGGUCGAGGGCCGACAUUGUGAUCGACAACACUGGGUCAUUAGAGGAUUUAGAAGAAAAUUUCAGGAUUGUUUUAGUUCAAGUCACGAGGCCAUUGUCGUGGACCGAGUUUUGGCUUUCGAGACAGGGAGCUCUGGUGUCUCUGCUUUCCAUUGUUAUUGGAGUAGUCGGUGGCAAAAAUCUCUACAAGGCAUCAUUAUAAAGAAACCUCAUAGUUCAUCCGGAUACUUGCAAGUACUUGCGUGCUCAUGCUGUAUACUGAAACACUUAAUUCUAUUUGGCUUCCUGCUAGUUGGGAACAAGGUGUUGUUUGGGCGAAUUCGGGACCUUAAACCUUGAUUUAUGCUUGCUUCUUAACUUGUUCUUCUAAAAUAGCUUUUCGUUGGUGGAAUUUGUUUGUGGCUACUGUAUAUUAAGCCAUAUUGCUGCUGUUGGGAACUGGGGUGAUGCAGAGAAGGAAAGCGUGUAUGGCAAAUUGGCAAUGUUCAGGUGAUA